AUGUCCAAAUCGGAUAAUAUUGCCACUGAAAAUUCUCUGGAAGUCCAGUCUUCCUGGGAUGCAGUUCCCGGAACUCUCAACUGGGAAAACAAGUCGUCAAAUGGCGACCUGAUUUUAUAUCCCCAGCCUUCUAAUGAUCCAGAUGACCCAUUAAACUGGACGAAAAUUAGAAAGAUCGUCAACUUGUCCUUGGUCUUGUUCUAUACAUUUACCACUGGUAUUGCUGGAACGAGUACCUAUUCCAUUCUAGUGCCCAUCUCUGAAGCCACUGGUAUCACAAUUGCUCAGUUGAAUAAUGGUACUGGUUAUCUGUUCUUGCUUGCUGGCUGGACUAAUUUAAUCUGGCAACCAAUGGCUCUGACUUUUGGUCGUCGUCCUGUAUUUCUAUUCAGUAUUCUUGGCUGUGUAGCCAUGUCGGAAUGGGCUGCUCACAUCUCAUCAUACGGUGCCUGGGCCGCCUGUAGAUGUUUACUAGGUGCUUUUGUGGCUCCUGUUGAGGUACUUCCUGAACAGUGUAUUGCCGAGUUGUUUUUCAGUCAUGAACGAUCAGCUUGGAUGGGUAUUUAUAUGCUUGUUCUUGCCAGUUCCAACUACCUUGCUCCCUUGAUUGCCGGAUACAUGAACGAGUCAAUUGGAUGGCAAUGGGUGCAGCACUGGUGUGCUCUGUUGUUGGCUCUCAACUUUAUUUUGGCAUUCUUUUUCUAUGAAGAUACAAUGUUCAACAGAACUACAAAGGAAGCUGAGCAUGUUGAGGGUAGCGACGAGGACAAAUAUGGCCAUAUGAUCACUGUCAACAGUCCCAGAAACCUCGACUACAGUCAUAAAAUGAACUACCUACAGAAGAUGAAGCUCUGGAGGGUGAACCCAUUAGUCACCAAGAGAGGUUUCUUUGACAUGGUGUGGAGACCCGUUUAUUUCUUCUUCCGCUUCCCCAUUGUCGCAUGGGCUGGUGUCUUUUACGGUUUCGGUUUGGUGUGGUACAAUGUCUUUAAUGCCACCUCAUCUGCUAUUUUGUCCGCUCCGCCAUACAACUUCUCGAGUGACGGUGUUGGGUUGUCAUAUCUUGCACCUCUGAUCGGUGCAAUCAUUGGUGGUCUGUACUGUUGGUCCAUCGUCAACUACUAUGCCAUUUCGCUUGCCAGGAAAAACAAUGGUAUUAGAGAGCCCGAACAGAGACUGUGGGGUCUUGUUCUCUACAAUAUCCUGCUGCCCUCGGGUCUUAUCCUAUGGGGUGUUGGAGCUGCUCACGAGGUGCACUGGAUCGGUCUUCUCUUUGGUGCCGCCUUUGUAUCCAUCUGCAACGUCCUUGCCGGCUCUUUCUCGCUCUCUUACCUGAUCGAUUGUUACAAGGACAUCUCAGGUGAAGCUCUGGUAUCGGUCAUUCUCUGCCGUAACACCCUAUCUUUCGGCAUCAACUACGCCAUCACCCCCUGGAUCAACCACUCCGGUCUGCAAAACACCUUCAUCGUGGCUGCCGUCCUCGGCCUGGUUACCGGGCUCACCUUUUUGAUCAUGAUAUUCGGCGGCAAAGCUCUCCGUAAGAAGGGAGCCAGUGCCUACAUCAAGGCUGCCGAGACCCAAAUUAUACAUGUAGCCCAUUAA